GCAUUAACUUCAGAGAGAGGCCAGACAGGUCCCGCCCACCGCUGGCUGCAACUGCGAAGAGCAAAGUGUCAAAGAGCAACUGACCACACCACACUUCAUUACAGGACACGGGACCGUAACGUAACUUAAGCGCGAUGCGGGUACGUCAACUCGCCAUGCACUCCGAAGCGUCACCACGAACUUUUUAACACUUUUAUCUCGCGCGUAAAAGUUUGGGAAUGCACUUGUCUGAGCCGCGACAGCAAGCGGUUUCUUACCAAAGCGGAGAAAAUGCAAACAGAAAUCGUGGAUCGCGUGUGAGCGGGUCUUCUUCGCUGUUUCCCGGGGGCUUUGGAUCGGAUCGGAGCGCGGGCAGGAAAGUGGUGCGUCACGGCGGGUCGGUGAUGGAGCACCGCGCGAGUUUGUGCGGGCGCCCCGAGAGUUUGGAGGACACAUGCGGGCAGGAGGAGGAAGACGAGCCGCAAGUUCACCUCGAGGCCGGGGAUUUGUGGAGGCAGUUUCACAAGUGUGGGACAGAAAUGGUUAUCACAAAAUCUGGAAGGCGCAUGUUCCCACCGCUCAGACUGCGAUGCUCGGGUCUGGAGCCUAAGUCCAAAUACAUGGUUCUGUUGGACAUAGUGGCAGCAGACGAGAGCCGCUACAAGUUCCACCAGGGCCGCUGGACUGUGGCGGGGCAGGCUGACCCAGAGCUGCCCAAACGCAUGUACAUCCACCCGGACAGCCCCUCCACGGGACAGCAGUGGAUGAACAAGGUCAUCAACUUCCACAAAGUCAAACUCACCAACAACAUCUCCGACAAGCACGGAUUUACCAUACUGAAUUCCAUGCACAAGUACCAGCCCAGGUUCCACAUCGUGAAGGCCAAUGACGUCCUGAAGCUCCCCUACAGCACCUUCAGGACCUACGUGUUCUCUGAGACUCAGUUCAUCGCAGUCACCGCCUACCAGAACGAUAAGAUUACACAGCUGAAAAUAGACAAUAAUCCAUUUGCAAAGGGAUUCCGAGACACGGGCAACGGCAGACGAGAGAAGAGGAAACUGCCACAUGCCUCAGAGCAGUGCAAAGAGCUGAGGCCGAGUGACAGCCAGGAUCCAAGGACCCAACUGCACUCCGACCACUCCAAGUCAUCAGAUGGCCAUGAAAGUGACAGUGACAACAACACGGAGGAAAACCGCAUGCACCAAACGCAACCAGAGUGGAAGGACUUCACCGUACGGCCGUCUUCACAUUGUCCGCAGAAACAAAACAUCUCAAGUGAUUCUGAAAGAGGUGGACUUCAGCGUUGCCUGUUCCUAGCACCAGACCCUCACAGACACACCCAGGACCAGGGGGGCUGUGGGCCUCAGUCGGGGGGCCCGUGGGGGGGGUGUCCGGCUGUAGAUAUGGCCUGCCCUCUGAGGACACUAGGAGGCUACCCCGUUCCCAUCAGCUUACAGCAGCAUAUGUUUGUACAGGACCUGCUGAACUUGUCCCACUUUGGCAGCUUUGUGUUUUACCCUUACCCCGGCCUGUGCGCACCUCCCGCUCACUACCUCCUCCCUCCUCCCAGAGCCACGCCGGAUUUAAAGUGCGAUCCCGGCGUCCACGGCUGGGACUACUGCUCGUCUCUCCGGCCCGCGUCCCCUUCAGGGUCCUCCGUAACGUCCGCCACCUGCGAUACAGCUGAUGGUGCCUUCAAAUACCUGUCAACAGAUGUGGUAAUGCCCCAUGUCUGUAAAACACAAGCGAAGGAGACAGAAGAGAAAGAUACAGAGAUGGACUGUGGACAGAAGAAUGUUCAAGAUGGUUAAAUACAAGGGAAUUGUAAUUGAUGAAUCUGAAAGUGCACAUGGCAGGUUUGACUACUACUACUAUUUCACUAAACCAUAAUUAUGCUUUACAAAAAAAUCUUGAAGGUGCAUUGUGUAACUUUUCUCGUGGAAGGUCCAUCAGAUCUUGUAGCUUUGUCUGGAAUGUUUCACAGUAGCAUUAAACCUUUCUAUCUUCAUGGUGACCAAACCAGACCAAGUUACAGGUCAGAUCUGUGGACAGGCAACCCCGCUCACAGUCAGAAUACCUGUUUUUCUAGGUGUUUUUAAGCUAUAAAACCACCUGUACCGUAUUUUUUGGACUAAAAGUCGCUCCGGACUCACACAAGCCAAAAAAUGUGUAAUGAAAAAGAAAACAUAUAUAAGUCGCACUGGACUAAAAGUCACAUUUUUUGAGGGAAAUGUAUUUUAUAAAGUCAGAGAUCAGGAACCAAGAUUUCAUCGUGAAAGUCAAGUUCAAGUUCAAUAGAACAGAGAACAACAGACUGUUAACGUCACAUAUGAACAGUUCUUCAGAUAAUUAUAGCAUAAAUAACAGAACAGAACAAGUUUAUCAAACUCUCCAUCUCACUUCAAAUCACUAAAUCCAUUCAAUUCUUCAUCCUCGGUGACACUUCUGAGCAACUUCGUGACCUCCGGAGGUAAACAGAGAACUGCUUCCUCUUCUGCAUAGUUGUCGUCAGAUUCAGCAUCAGUUCCAGUUACAAUUAUUCCAGCCUUUCUGAAUCCCAACAGAAUGGUUUCAGUGUCCCUGAAGUUCAGGCUUUGUUGAUUCAUCCAUUGACUUCCAGGAAAGUUACGUGGCGCACCCUCCCGGUUGUCGUGAAGUUGUGUUCUCCAUCCCCGCUUUCUGCCAGUCGCUCACAAGUUUCUUGCUCACUCCAAACUUUCUUUCUGCUGCUUGAUUACCGUUUUCAGUUGAAUAUUUCACUACUUGCAGCAAGGCAGCGGCUAUUUUUGCAGGAGACCUGCACAGUACGUAGAGCCAAGUGACAGUGGUACAGGAGUAAUAGCAGCAGCUGAUACUGACACACAAGACUAGAGCCUCUCACGGUGGUGUGAAAAUUUUAAUAUAUAAGUCACACCAGAGUAUAAGUCGCAGGAAACACCCAAACCAUGAAAAAAAAGUGUGACUUAUAGUUCCAAAAAUACGGUCAUUGAAUAAAUGUAAAGUAGAGCUGUUUAAUGUCACACUGUGGAGCAUUCCAGGCAGAGCAAUGACACAUUCACAGAAACAAGCAGGUGAUGGAUCCUGAACCAAAAAGUUACACAGUACACCGAUUUAACUAUUUGUUAUUUACAUUUUUUAAAAUUUGGUUUCUACUACACUAUACUUCAUGGUUGGGCAGAGACAGUAGCUAUGACAUGCACUGAGGAUAAUACUGUAUUUGUUACCUAGCAACCAUAACGUUAACAAGGAUCAUGUUUAGACUAAUAAAAAAUAAAUAUCAACAGCUUUAUGUAGUUAGAUGCAUGCUAUAUCAGACAGGAAAAUGGGUACUUUCUACUUAAUUGUCCUUGAAUUUUAGAGAAGAUGAUGACAGGGAUUCUGUUUUAGAAUUUACGGCUACUUUUUUUCCCGUACUAUGUAUUUUUGUGCUUUUCUUCUAAACUUUUCUGUCACAGACUAACAAAUGUGAAACUAUGUUAAAUAUUUACCACAGGUUCUAUUCCAAACUAAGUAAUAAUUUGAAAAACAUGAAAACCUGCCAUAUGCACUUUAAACUGUACCUGCAUGAGAUGUGUUAAAACUUCUUCAACUUGACAGCACUUUUGAAGGAAAAAUAAAUAAAAUUAACCCACAUUACAUCACUGUAUGACAAAUAAAUUAAUAAAUAAAUAGAAAACUGGUUACCGAAUACAUUUAAAAUGCCCAAUGUUCUGGUUUUGUAAAUACAAAAUAAAAUGUGAAAUUGUACAUAUAAUUGUGUGUUUAAGUAAUUUAAGUGUAGAAAGUGGCUUUAGUCUUGCCAAUGAAAUACUAAAGCAGUUUACAAUAUUUA